GGGAUCAUGUGCUAUUCCGGGCUUCCGGUUGCAUCCAGUCUUGUACAGUGCACUAUUCUAUACAGAUGAGUACUUUACUCUCUAUGCCUCUCCUCCUCUCUUCAAUGUACCCCAGUGUCAAUGGCAUACAUAGUACACCGUCAUUGCUGUUGUGCAACAAAAUCCUACAGCAAACUACAAUAUGGGGUAAUUUUCACAUGCACCGCAAAUUGAAGCUUACCAAAUUUCAGUCUCAGAUCGCCCUCAUCUUGAUACAACAACAUCUACUUUUUGCGAUUCAUUCGGUCCUGUCAAUGAUACUGCUUUCUGAGUCUGGCUGACCGGAGCCAAUCAAUCUCGUUUUUGGGGUCUUGCGCUCAGUUACAUUGUCCCAAUCGGCCAACGUGAAACAUUGUUGGGGACAGAUCCUAGCCCUAUUAGGUUUAUUGGAAGCUAAUA